AUGCCAGACCCGCUCAAUUUGAUCAUGAUUGCGGAAAAAUCGUGUCUGAGCUUGAACAGAUAUGUGGUUAUCGUGGCCUACGUUGAAGCGUUUAUCCUCUUGUCAACUUUCCCAGGGUGGUAUGAAGAGAGAGAUGAGAAUGGCUCUGACGUCGAAGUCAAGCCGUUUCCUUCUCGCCCGGUAUCACAGUGCGUUUUACUCGCAUUGAUGCUCGGGUUCAGCCUUGGUGUUAUCUCUAUCCUAUGGCAGCAUAUCAAUAGUAGCUCCAUGGCCGAGACCCUCAAUUAUGGCGCGGUAUCGGGCCAUAUUGGAGUUGGUUCAAUGGCACUUGGCUGGGCUGCAGCGGCCAUCAUUGGAAUAGUUGGCUCUGCAAUGCAGGUCGUGAUUUCGAGUAUUUCUCUAAUUCGAAGGUUGACCGACGAGGAGUAG